AAUGUUUAUUAAUUGCAUGCUGUUAUUGAUAGUGUGACAGCAGAUACAUGCGUAGCCAUGAAUGAAUGGAACCAAUAUCCUACUGCAAAUACAGCCCUUGAUGAUAUUCUGCCUUGUGUGGACAAUACCACUGCACAAGAAACAUUAUUAAGAAGCAAAGAAGUAACAUCUGAACUAGUUAACUUGGUGAACCAAGUUAUUACCAAUGUCUCUAACAUAAAUUUCGCACCUAAUUUCACGCCGUUGUACUACAACCAACCUGGUCCCCUUAUGCCACUCCUGUGCGAUCCGUUCCGCCCUGACAUGACAGAUAGACAAUGUGACUCUGGUGAAGUGAACCUAAGCAAUGCAACACAGGUAUAUGGGAACUUUGUGUGCCAAGUUUCGCCAUCGGAGAUAUGCACGACUCAGGGGUGUUUAACCCCAACCUUCUAUAACCAAAUAUCUACUGGAAUAAAUGUUGGUAAGGCCUUUUAUAACUAUGCGCCAUCCCUUGUUGAGCUACAAGACUGCACCUUUGUUCGAGAAACAUUCACGGAUAUAUACGAUGAUCAUUGUCCUGGUCUACGGCGUUAUAUUAGAUGGAUUUACGCUGGAUUAGUAAUGGUCUCUUUUGCUAUGAUGUUCUCUUUGAUCUUCUGGGUUGUGUAUGGAAGAGAACGGAGACAUCGUCUAUAUACAAAAGAAUCAAAAGACUUAGUAACUCCUACACGAACACCAGCACAAGCACCAACACGGGCACGAGCACCAGCACCGGCACCAACACUAGUACCAACAGAACAUGCACUGGCACUAAAUCCAUAUUGA